AUGAUGCACCCUUCGAGACAAGCAUUUGUGGAGGACCAUCCCAUGGAUGAGGAUAGGGGAGGAGGUCUGACCCUUGACCAAGUUCCCAACGACUACAACUACGAUCUCGGCACGGGCGAGAAUGCAUCGGCGCUGCUCUCACAGUUCGAGCGCAAGCGCAUGGCGGCGCGCCUUGCCGUCCCGACCAACGAUGAAGCGAUCAAGGCCAUGCUCCGCGAGCGAGGGCUGCCCAUCACCCUGUUCGGCGAGAACAAUCCGGCCGACCGCCGAGAGAGGCUGAGGGAGACCCUGGCCGACGAGGCUGAGCGAGCAAAGGCCCAAGGCCAGGAGGGUGUUGAUGUCGAGAUGGACGAUGUCCCAGACGAGGAAGACGACGAGGAGCAAGAGGAAGAGUACUACACGCGCGGGAACGACGAGCUGCUACAAUCCCGGGUCGAGGUCGCAAAGUACUCGCUGCCACGAGCAAAGCGACGAGUCCAGUUCCAGCGGCAAGAGGCCAAGAUACCCCUGCGAACCCAUGUCAAGCACCGGAAACAGAUCAAAGAGCAGCUACAGGAUUUCGAGCUGCAAAGCUCACAGGUCGGUGGACAGAGAUACCUGAGUGUGGUCAGGCUGGCGCCAAACGGACAGCUGUGCGCCACAGGUGACUGGGGUGGCAGCUUGAAGGUCGUCUCAACACCUGAUCUGGAAGUGAAGAAGACGCUUAGGGGCCACACAUCCCGGAUAGGUGGAAUCGACUGGCUCCCUGGUGUCGCAUCCCUUGAGAGUGAGACGGCCCAGCUGGCGUCGUCUUCAGCAGAGGGUGCCAUUCACCUAUGGUCACUUCAAAAAGAUACGCCCUUGUCUACAUUAUCCCAGCCCGGUGGGCCCAAGGUCAACAAGAUCGGAUUUCACCCGUCAGGCCGAUACCUGGCUGCAGCCUGUGAGGACACGACAUGGAAACUCUACGACAUUGCGACGGGCAGCGAGCUCUUGUCUCAGGAGGGACACUCAAGGGCGGUCAUGACGGUCAGCUUCCAGUCUGAGGGUGCGCUGGUUACGACAGCGGGAAUGGACAGCAUUGGUCGAGUCUGGGACCUUCGAAGCGGCCGCACGAUCAUGCUCUGUGAGGGCCAUAUUCAACCUAUAACAUCCUCGAGCUGGAUAGAUGGGCAUAGGAUACUGUCCGCCUCUCUUGACGGCUUCGUGAAGGUGUGGGACGUGCGCAAGGUCGCGCAGGGUGGCAACCUUGCCGGCAACACAUCUGGAGUCACGGAUGUACGAGUGUUCAGGGGCCUCGAUGACCCUGUGGAGGGUGAAGCACCCGGACAAGACGAAAAAGGUGCACAGAUACCCAAGAAGUCCGCGACCUUCUUUGCGACCAGUGGGUUCGACCGCAAGGUUAACAUCUACUCGAUGGAUGACUAUUCCCUCAUCACCUCGCUCGAGUCGCACACGGCGCCAGUGAGCUCGGUGGACAUCUCGAGGGACGGCAGAUGGAUCGUGUCUGGAAGCCACGACAGGACGAUCAAGCUCUGGUCUCGCAACGAGGCGGAGCCGCUGUAA